UUCUUUUACGAAUCUUGAGUGAUUAGGAUGAUCGUCCUGAAGCCGGUGAUCCUGUUUGGAUUGGCGCUUGCCGUCCGUCAGUUGGCAGCAGAACGCCCACUAUCCAGCAGGGCUGAUAUCGACCCACCCCAAAUAGCGCCGGAGUUGUUCAGUGAGGAAUUACCGAUCGCACCCUUCCAAGAGGUCGACGAAAGCUACCGAUUACCGAAGACCACCUCACCGAUACAUUACAGCAUUCAAUUGCGCACUGAAGUUCACACUGGUGAAAGAAAUUUUGAAGGAACUGUUGCUAUUACUCUGAACGUCAAAGAGACGACAAACGAAAUAGUCGUCCAUCAUCGUGGUCUUACUGUUCAAAGUGCCCAACUGAAAUCGGUUCCCGAAAAUGGUAACGAAGUGCAAUUCCCCGAUCCAACAUGGGCUUAUGAUGCUGCUUUAGAACAGUUAACGUUUACCAGUGAAAACCCACUGGAACCGGGUAACUAUCUGUUAACUGUGCGAUUCAUCGGAAGAUUGGGAAUCAAUGAGGAUGGAUUUUACCGCUCCUCCUACACCGAUGCCGCGGGCACGAAGAAAUAUUUAGCCACUACCCAGUUUGAAUCUACCAGCGCCCGGACUGCUUUUCCUUGCUAUGAUGAACCCGGGCUCAAGGCAACGUUCGAAUUGAAAAUUGUUCACCACAAUUCAUACUCAGCACGAUCGAAUAUGCGACCAAUCAGUAGCGAGCCUGCAGUGGGUGAAAAUGUUUUAACUAUUUUCGAAACAACCAAACUUAUGUCCAGUUAUCUGCUGGCGUUCGUUGUGUCCGAUUUCGAGUCCAAGGGAGACAAUCUGCAAAGUAUCUACGCUCGACCCAACGCAAUCGAGGAGACCGACUUCGCACUGGAAGCUGGUGGAAAAAUCCUGACCGCACUCAGUUCCCACAUCGGCAUCAGUUAUUACGAUUCAAUGCCGGAGAUGAAGCAGUUUGCAAUUCCCGACUUUGCCGCUGGAGCUAUGGAGAAUUGGGGUUUGGUUACGUACAGAGAGCAGUACUUGUUGUUUGAUCCAGCAAUCAGUACUUAUCGCACGAAAACCAAUAUUGCUACCGUCAUUGCGCACGAAUAUGCCCAUCAGUGGUUUGGAAAUCUGGUAAGCCCCGAAUGGUGGGAAUACAUUUGGUUGAAUGAAGGAUUUGCCACGCUUUACGAGUACUACGGUGCCCACCUGGCAUAUCCCGAUGAGGGAUACUGGGAACUGUUUAAUCCGUUUGUCAUUCAAGCUGCUCUUAUUCCCGAUGGACUGGAUACGACCAGGCCUAUGACAUGGAAUGCUGCCACGCCUUCGGAGAUUUCGCGUCUAUUCGACCGUGUUGCGUACGCGAAAUCGGGAAGUGUGCUGAACAUGAUGCGCCACGUGCUGGGCGAAGAAAACUGGGUUGCUGGUUUGAAGGCGUAUCUGACCGAUCGCUCGUACGCGGGUGCCAAUGUGGAACACUUGCAUACUGGGCUGCAGACUGCCAUUGCAGGCAAAAACGUCCUACCGGAGGGAGUCACCAUCAAGCAGAUCAUGGAUAGCUGGACAACGGAGAAGGGCUAUCCGGUUGUGAGCGUACGUCGAACGUACGCAACAGGCGACGUCAUAAUUUCCCAGGAACGCUUCGUUUCCGAUCGUAAAGUGCCCAACACUAACGUCUGGAUGAUUCCGUACAAUUUCGUGCACAAGUCCUCGGCUGAUUUCUCCGAUAUCAGCAGUUACGAUUGGCUGAGCACGAAGGCGGCACGCUUGAAGCUGGAAGUUCCCGCCAAUGAUUGGCUUAUCUUUAACAGACAGCAAGUGGGUUUCUAUCGUGUCAACUACGACGAUGAAAAUUGGAAGCUGAUUAUCGAAGCCUUGAAAAAUGACUACACCAGCAUCCACUAUCUGAACCGUGCUCAACUGAUUGAUGAUGCUUACUGGCUGGCCAGAUCAGGACGGCUUGAUAUCGAAAUACUGAUGGAUCUGCUAACCUACUUGGAGCAUGAGGACGCGUUCGCUCCCUGGGUUGCUGCCAGUAAUGUUUUCACUUAUUUGAAUACCAAAUUCCGUGCUACAGCUGCAGAGAAUGACCUUUUGGUUAUGAUAAAACACCUCAUCGCCAAAGUGUAUGCCACUUUCAAGGUCGCUGAAGUGCCGACUUCGGAAAAACUUCUCGACAAAUACCUGAAGCAGAGCAUCUCAACCUGGGCCUGCAUGGCCGGAGUUGAGGACUGUUUGAGCAAAACUGCCGCUGCACUCACGAACGAGGCCGUGAACGGAGUCCGUGUACAUCCGGACAUCGCCACCGUUGUAUACUGCUACGGUCUUCAGAGCGCAGGUGAAACGGAAUUUGUGUACCUGUACAAUCAAAUUUACCCUUCGCAAAAUUGGGCCUACCGCUCGAUGCUGAUCAAUUCACUUGGAUGCUCGAAAAACGAAGUCUUUCUCAAGGAUUUCCUAUCAACGGCCAUCGGCAGUGCGGAGAUAAACUACAAGAGUAGUGAACGGACGCAAGUUGUCCAGUCGGUUUACUCCGGGGGACGCGCGGGAGUAAAUGCUCUCAUCGACUUCCUCAUGAACACCAAUAAUGCGCGGGAGUUCGUCAGUGUCUUAGGCAUCAAUACACUUAACAGUGCCCUCACUAAUAUCGCAUCGCGUACUACAACGGAAGAGGAAGCUCAAAAGCUGGAAGAGCUGAUUACAAACUUAGAACUCUACGUUACGGAUAGUGUUGCUGAGUCCGCUCGCAGUACCGUUAAGUCCAAUCAAGAGUGGCAAGAUAGCUACGAAAGUUUGCUGGUAUCCAAUUACGUCAAGGACUACGCAGACGCGUUGGAUGACACGACGACCACCGUCACGGACGGACCUACACCUACACCGACCGGUGAUGUAACUACGGUAGAUCCAGCCACGACCACGCCGGAGCCGGACAGUGCCGCCUCCACGGCGAUUUCAAUCUCGGUGCUGAUCACCAGUGUGAUGAUUGCGCUGUUUCGAUAGAUUAGGAGACGUCAAUCCACUAAUCUCUGAUAAGUUGUUAGGACAUCCAGACAUGGUUGAUAAGUGGAUUUCAGUAUCAUAUAAUUGCCAACAAGUCUGGGGAACUUCCAUCAAGGUAAGAUUGUUUAAUAGUAUCGCUGUUGCUUUUUGCUAUUGAUUUUACAGUCAUAAAUAAAAUUUACAAUUAUUCUAUGCUACCGAGAUAACUACUUCGAAAAAUUAAUAUAUAUUUAACAUCAAAUUAU